AUGUCCAUUCUGAUCACCGGCGCCGGCGGGUACGUCGGCCAGGAAUUGGCUGCAGCCCUUCUUGCGAGCACUCCUUCUUCUACGACAGUGACAAUCACCGAUGUCGUUGAGCCGGCGACUCCCGAGUCUGCGACACAUCACGCCAGCCGUCUCACCAGUGUCCGGGCCGACCUGACCAACCCCAAAGAGGUGGAAGAACUGAUCAGCGCAUCGCGCCCAUACGAGACUGUCUACUUGCUCCAUGGCAUCAUGUCCGGAGGAUCGGAAGCGAACUUCGAGCUGGGUAUCCGGGUCAACCUCGAUGCGACGCGACACAUCCUGGACCGACUACGUGCGAUCACGCCCGGCGUGAAGGUGGUAUUUACGUCUUCAUUGGCCGUCUACGGGCCCGCACCGCCGGGAUUUAUCAUCGACGAAACAAAUUUCCCGCCGGUCCCUUCAUCCUCCUACGGCUCGCAGAAACUCAUCGUCGAGACGUUGCUGAACGACUACUCGCGCCGCGGAUUCCUGGACGGGCGAUGCGUGCGGCUUCCGACAGUGACGGUUCGCGCAGGAAAUCCAACCCAGGCGGCCAGUAGUUUUGCGAGCGACAUCAUCCGUGAGCCCUUCCAUGGCAAAAAAGCCAUUUUGCCGGUGGCUAAGGAGACGGAGAUGUGGAUCUGCUCGCCACACACGGUGAUCAAGAACCUGGUUCAUGCGCGCGAUGUCCCCAAGGAGGCCUUUGGAGAGUCGAGAUCGGUCAAUCUCCCCGGUCUAAAGGUUAGUAUUCAAGAGAUGUUGGAUGCGCUGGAGGUUGUUGGCGGCAAGGAGAGACGUGCGCUGGUGGAGGAGAAGUAUGAUGCGGCCACCGAUAAGAUCGUGCAAUCUUGGACGCCUCAGUUCAGCACGGAGCGUGCAUUCAAGCUGGGAUUUGCGGCGGAUAUCCCCCUGGUGGACAAUAUCCGACAAUUUGCCAGUGGAUUUGUAUAG